AUGCUGGCGUCUAAAUAUGAAACAUGCCUUCUAUUUAACGAUCAACAAAAGAAUUUGGGAUCACCUUGUGGUCAUGUUCAUUUCAAAGACAAAUUAAGUAAAAUAUUACCAAGUGAUGCGGAACUUUCUGACUCAUUGACCGCCUAUUUUAAAUCUCUUCGACUAGAUACUACCUUGAAUCGAAUCAUCGAACAGGAAAUGAACGGUGUUAAAAAGAUAACACCCGAAUCCAUAUGGAAGAAUUUAUCAUAUUCUCAAAAACGUUGGCAGCUGUUUACAGUUUUAUACGAGGAAGCUAUUGACUUUGUUUCAAUGGAUACUCUUUGCAUUGCAAUCUCACUUUUAGAUCGUUGCUAUUCUAGAAAACCCUCUAUCCCGUCAAAGGCUUUUAAGAUUUAUGCGAUUGGUAGUUUAUUUGUCGCCUGUAAACUCACAAGCGACUAUACGGUUGCAAAAAAAAGUUUUUGUAAACAGCUUGCACCAAGUUUAUCAAUACGUGAACUGGAGAAAUAUGAAAAGAUUGUACUGUCUCUACUGUCCUAUGAUAUAUAUGUCUUGUCGCUUCCCUCCGUCGAAUCCUACCUUACUCCUCUGAUAUUCCAGCAUUGGUAUUUCAAAACGCUUUCAGAAGAGGAUUCCGAACAGAUGAUGUGUGAGUGGCAGUAUAUGUUAGUUGAGAUAAUGAAGGGUAUGCUAUAA